AAUUAUUAUUAUCUUUAUUAUUAUUAUCAUUAUAAUAUUUAUAUUUAUAUUGUUGUUGUUUUUUAAUUUGAGCAAGCCAACACUGUUGAGCUUGUCAAUAAGUUUGACAGGUAAUAAAUAUUUAUAUAAAUUAAUAAAUAAUAAAUAUACAAGUACGGUGAUAAGUAGUGCGCGGGACAAACGUUUAACGUGUGAUUUGUUAAAUGGAGUAUCUCUCAAACGGUCCAAAGCAAUAAAAUAAUAUUACCAUCCACAACAUCAAGCAUCUGAUGGUGUCGAUAAAAUUAUUUAUUAAUUAAUUGAUAAUUAUUGAGUUUUAAUUUUGAUCUGUCAGUGAAACAAAGUGACAGGUGUGUUGAUGCGUGAAACUGAGCUCCAUUUACGCUAAUAAAGAUUAUUUAUUUAUUUGGAAAUUCGGAAGAAAUUAUUUGAAGUGGUAAGGAUGAGACACCACGGGAAUACUGUCGAUAGUAAGUGUUCGACGCACUGCUGACGUCGGCGGCCCUAUCAGCCGUCAGAUUAAAAGGUCAACCAUUGUUUUUGACAAGCUUUGAGUCAACUAGUCGAGUGUUGCUGCCCGGAGGAGGGCGGGAUCGCGCGGAAUAUCUGCCGCGAGGAUCUCACUAUCCUGAUAAAUCAUUUCUCUGCUGGUCAUCAGUAUCCAGUGAUUGGCUGGCCGAAUAUCAUUAUCGGCUUGCUGAGAUAUCAGUAAAAGCGCGUUUCGUUGCUAGACAUUGUUAUUUAUCACGUGGGAAUUUUACUCGUUUGGAGUACUUGUUACUAGACAAAAUAUUGCGGGAAAAUAUAAGAGAGUAGUGUGCAGGGAGUGUGAAGUGUGAAGUGGAACUCGUCUUUUAUUGUGAGAAAAUAUAGCCGCUACGGUGGCUCAGCACGCAGAGUUCCCCGGCGCGGCCAGGGCGUUCAUGGCGCAGCCAAGGUAUGAUGAUGGCGGGCUGCACGGGAAUUAUCUCGAGGGCGCCGGGGGUGGUGGAGGUGCAGGAAUGUACGACCCCCACGGAACCGGCCGAGGGAUCUCAAGCCUGCACCACAGCCCCCACAUGGGUAUGGCAGGAGCACACCCUCAGUACCCGCCACCUCCGCCCCAACCACCUCAGCACGUUCUUGCAGCGGCAACAGCAUUAGCUGCCUCGCAAGUGACUGAUGUUCACAAACGUGACAAAGACGCCAUUUACGGACAUCCGUUGUUUCCAUUGCUCGCAUUGAUAUUCGAGAAAUGCGAAUUGGCAACAUGUACACCCCGAGAACCUGGAGUAGCGGGUGGCGACGUUUGUUCGUCUGAAAGCUUCAAUGAGGAUAUUGCAGUUUUCUCUAAACAGAUCAGGGCAGAGAAACCUUACUACAUUGCUGACCCGGAGGUGGAUUCCUUGAUGGUACAAGCAAUCCAAGUCCUCCGGUUUCACCUCCUCGAGCUUGAAAAGGUCCAUGAACUGUGCGACAACUUCUGCCACCGGUAUAUCAGCUGUCUGAAGGGCAAGAUGCCGAUCGACCUGGUGAUCGACGACCGAGAGAGCUCGAAGCCGCCAGAGCUGGGAAAUGGGCUGGAUGGCGGACCCCGGAGUACAGCCGACAGCACUAGCCACACAGACGGUGCCAGUACACCAGACGUUAGGCCACCGUCCUCCUCACUUUCGUAUCCCGGCGCGGGCGCGAAUGACGACGCACGUAGUCCAGGAAGCGGCGGAACACCUGGACCACUCAGUCAACAAGCACCUACUAGUUUGGACUCAUCCGAUCCUGACGCCAUGGGUAAAUGGUGUCAGCGCAGAACGGAGUGGAAUUCGCCUCCAGAUGCGCAAAGAGCGGCAGCGACAGAAGCUGCGCGUCGUGGUGUCCUUUAUUCCUCGGUAUUUCUUGGCAGUCCUGGUGAUGCAAGUAAUGCCAGUAUCGGAAGUGGUGAAGGUACGGGAGAAGAGGACGACGAUUCGUCGGGCAAGAAGAACCAAAAGAAGAGAGGUAUCUUUCCAAAAGUCGCUACCAACAUCCUCAGGGCGUGGCUGUUCCAACACCUUACGCAUCCGUAUCCCUCGGAAGAUCAGAAAAAACAGCUGGCACAGGACACGGGGUUAACAAUUCUUCAAGUCAACAAUUGGUUCAUUAACGCGAGACGCAGAAUCGUCCAGCCGAUGAUCGACCAGAGCAACAGAGCUGUGUUUCCGCCUUUGUCCGCAGGUCCAAGCGGGGCUUACAGUCCAGAAGCUACAAUGGGUUACAUGAUGGACGGACAAGCCGCCAGCAUGAUGCACCGACCCCCUGGUGACCCCACCUUCCACAACCAGUAUCACUAUCCUCCAGAAUACUACGGCCAUCACUUAUAAAGUUGAACGCCUAGAUAAAUGGAAAUCACCGUGAGCAAAGUAAAAGAAACAACAAAUAAAAAAAGAGUAAUGGGAUGAAACCUGGUAUCUAUUGAUCGACCGAAAAUGACGCACGUCUCGGGAGUUGGUUAAAUCGAAAAAUAAAAAUACGAGAGCUUGAUAAAAAAUUAGCGACUAAAACAAAACACACGAAGAGAAUAAAGAAAUAAAAGAAGCAAGCCAAAACUCAAUUUACCAGACCCGAGAAAAUCUCAAAGAUUGAGACAAGAUAGACCUAAAACAUAAACAUCAACUCUUGGUCUUCUAUUCCGAGUCAUAUUCAAUUGAUGAUAAGAUCCAUUCACUCAUCCAAAAUCUGCACACGAAUGGAACAUCAUCAUAGAAUCGGAGCGCUACAAUCUGUCGAGCUUCGAUCUUGAACCUUCGAGAUUAAAAAUUAUCGAAAAAAGUGAUGUGUCGGUUCGUGGGAGGAAACUUCAUGUGAUUGUUCUUUGUACAAAUAUUGCGGUGUAAUGUUGUAGUGAUUCAAGAUAUUAAAUUAAAUCUUUAAUUUUAAUACUAUCGCAAUCGAGAGACUAUACAAUUAAUUAUAAAUAAAUAUAAAUAUAAAUAUAUAAAUAUGAAUAUAUAUAGGCAAUUAGCGGGCAUGUACAUUACCUGGUGUUCGCACGAGAUAUGUCUACGCUCGUGGUCGCUUCGAGUAUUGAGUUUAUCUAAAAAAGAAAAAAAAUUAAUAAGAACAAUCAUUAAAUCGAUUAAUUAAUCAAUCAAUUAAUUAACGAUGAUUAUGAAGGUGAAUAUUGAUAAUAAUUGACAUACUCGGCGUUAAUAGUAAAAAUAUUAAACCGAGCGUCGACAUUCUCAAGACUUAGGUGACAUUAAAAUUUGUACAGAUUAAUAAUUUUAAUUAUUAAUAUUAUUGAUAUAAUUAUUAUUAUUACUAUAAUUAUUAUUAUUAUUAUUACAAUUAUGACUAUUGAUAAUGGAUGAAUUAUUAUUAUAAUAAUGGAUAUUAUAACUAUUAAUAAAUAAAUAAAGUAAACCGAAGUAACUAUAAAUAUAAAUACGCAGGAUCCUCUCGUUGUAAUAUAUAAUUGAUAAAAUGAUGAAUUUAAAAUGAUAGACGGUUUUAAUAAGGAGCUAAGCGAACGCUUGGGUAGAUUAAUAAAAAAUUGAAUGAUUAUGAUGAUUAUUAUUCAUAAAAAUUGAUAAUUAUUAAUAAAAAGGUAAAGCUAAAUAAUUAUGGUAAUAAAAAUGAAAAUAAAGGAUAAGUGGUUAUUAAUUAAUUAAUUACUUGAUUAAUAAAUAAAGGCUAAAGGGAAUAAUAAUUCUCGAUCGUCUCGGCGUCCGACUCAGCUAGACGAAACAUCAGCCACACUGCUUGUCCUAGAAAUAAUAAAUAAUUUAAUAAAAUAAAUGGAUAAUUAAUUAAUCAAUUAAUUAUUGUAAUUUUAAUUAUAAUAUAUUGUGUAUAAAUUAAUAGUUAAUUCAAAUUGAGCUCGAGGCAAAGAUGACGCGUCGAUGAAUGAUAUAAAAUUAUAGAGAAUGAGUUUUAAAAUUUAUAUUAAAUCUGAGCGAUUAUCAUUUUAAUUAUUAUGAUGAUAAUUAAAUGAAAAGCAGUGUGUUAAUAUUAUGUACGAGUGAGCGGUGUAAAAGUAGUGUUAAUGAUUGAUGGUUGAUGAUAAUGAUAAUAAAUGAAUAAAUGUUUUGGGCGAAAUUUAUUCGAGAACGUACAAAAACAUCAUUCAUUAUUCACGAACGAUCCAACGGAUAUUUUACGAAUUUAAAAUUAUUUAUUUAUGUGUAUUGGUUAUGAUUUUUUGGUUUUAAACAUUUUAUCAGUAAUUAAGUAUCAAAAACCGGCA